GACAUGCCGGAGAUUGAAUCAAACAAAUUACUGCAAGGAUCGCAAACUGCGGCAUGCGAAGAGGGAGACUGCGAGAGGUUUAUCCUUCUGAGUGAGUACGACUCCGGCUUCCCGUCGUUCAGAUCGGCAUGAUGUUAUCUCUUACCGUGAGGGAUGGUCAAGUCCUCGUCUUCUCGUGCCUGUUGGUCGGGUUGGUGGUGACAGAGGGUGCCGAGUUUGGCUACCAUCAGGAGGCGGUGAAUUAUGACGGAUUCGAGCUGCUCCGUCGCAUCGGCAACAAUGGUGCUCCGCAGGAUGUGCCGGCCGAUUUCGACUGCGAAGCACGCUAUCUGGUUUACAACUACAGUCUCUCAUUACAGCCGCAUCGUGCACCGAUGAAGAACGUUUGGGAUGCACUCCAAUUGACCACGCUAUGUCACAAACCAUUCAACCCUAACCCUGACAUUUCAGUUCAGCAGCAGCGACGCACGGACCAGCAACAUCAGAAGAAGAAGAGGCUAGCACCACCACUGAACGACAAGCUGAGCCAAGUCCAGUAUCGUGUGUAUGUGGAUGCGAAGGUCGGGGAUGACUUCAGCACGGAUGCAAGCGAUGCGCGCACUCCGUUCAGGACGCUGCAUCAGGCACUGGCACACACUCGGGCGUACCGACGGCAGCAGCUAGACGAGAACCCUGGCUCACGAGCUGCAGACAUCAGCGUGGGCAUAGUACUGCGUUCUGGAAUUCACUAUCUAAAUACCACGGUGGAAGUGAACGUACAGGACAGCGGUACAAUCAUUGAAUCUGCACCUGGAGAGACGGUAGUGCUGAGUGGAGGACUUCCUCUCGCACCCCAGUGGAAGCCAUAUAACGUAUCCCAGCACGCUCCACAAAUGAUCAUACAGGGAGGAGCUGACAACGUGUGGGGACUUGCACCAGGACCAGGCCAGAGCUCUCCCACCAUCAAAUACGUGGGGACGUUUGCCAGCAGUGAGGAGUGCGAGGGUCAGUGCAAGUACGGCGAGUGUUUCUCGUGGACCUGGCACAAGGCAGACGCGACUGGCUGGAGCCAGGGAUGCUACCUACACACAGACCAGUGGUGGGCGCCUCACGUCUCCAUGACGGACACGAGUGGCUACUGGGACGAUGGGACCAACAUCUACGUUGCCGACGUCACGGGCCAAGCGCCGGAAAACCUGCAGCUCGGUAUGUUCAUUGCCAAAACAAAAGAAGACGCCGAAGCCGGGAACUUCUUCCAGGCCAAUCGUGCACGCUACCCGAACAUUGCAAGCCCAGACACGACCCUUUUCCCGGCCGGAUGGGUGCCGGGUGGAGUGGACUGGGUUCCUCCUGUCGACAAGGGAAACUCGACGUUCAUCACCAUCGACAAGCCCACGGAUGACUUGAACCCGCUGUUCCAGAACUUCCGCAUCGGCAUUGAUGGCCCGUGCGACAUCUUCACGCCGCCCGAGUCCUACUGGUGCUCCGAUGAGCCCAGCGGCGGUGGAGCAUUUACAUUCCUCUCACCAUCGGGCAUCGUCUUCAAGCCGCUCUACUUACCGCGUCUUGCCACCUACGACGCGGAGUUGUUCAAGAAAACGGCGGUGCUGCACACGUGGCGCCCGCACCACUGGUCCUCGUGGAUGUUCGAUUUCAAGGACUUCGACCCGGAAUCCGGGAAAAGUACAUUCUCCCGAGGAGGAUUUCAAGGAGCGCGGGGAAGCGCGGAGGGCUCUGAGUGGUGGUUGGCAAAUGUUUUCGAAGAGCUUGAUCACCCUAAUGAGUACUUCUAUAAUCCAGACUCUGGUAAACUAUACUAUUUCCACAACGGCACAGGACCUCCACCUGAAGACUUCCAGUUUGUUGCUGCCAACCUGAAAACUCUCAUCAGCAUCACUGGUUCUAUGGACGAUCCGGUUAUCAACUUUACCCUGAGGAAUGUUGUCAUGACAACAGCAGCCUACACGUACAUGGAUCCACACGGCGUGCCGUCCGGUGGAGACUGGGGUCUACAACGAUCCGGUGCGGUGUUUGCCGAAGGUACAAAACUGCUUACGAUUGAGAACUGCGUUUUCAAGAAUCUAGACGGCAACGGAUUGUUCCUGUCUGGAUUUGUCCAUGACAGUAUGAUCAGUAACAAUGAAUUCACUUUGAUUGGAGACACGGCAAUGGCCGCGUGGGGCUACACGAAUCUGAUCGACGGCACGUCCGGUGAACAGCCGCGUCGUAAUCACAUCGAGCAGAACUUCAUCCACGAGAUCGGCCUUUACGAGAAACAGUCCAGCUGCUGGUUCCAAGCCAAGUCGGCGCAGACCACACUGCGUACAAACAUCUGCUUCAACGGACCGCGUGCCGGCAUCAACAUCAACGACGGCUUUGGCGGCGGCAACGACAUGGAGGACAAUGUUCUCUUCAACAUGUGCCGCGAGAGCUCCGACCAUGCACCGUUCAACUCCUGGGACCGGCAGCCGUUUCUCACCGACGUGCCGAAUCCGGAGAAGCCAACAGUCUACCCGGCAAUGAACGUCGUCCACCAUAACCUGUUGCUCUGCAACUACGGCUCAAGUCUGUGCUUGGACAAUGAUGACGGCAGCUCGUAUUACCAUCACAGCGACAACUACCUGGUCUACGGUGGGCAUAAGACAAACUUUGGCGGCCAUGACAAGAUCUCGUCGAAUAACUACAAUAUCUAUCCGGUGGUGUAUCAGUACUCCUGUUUCAGCGUCUUCCAGAACGCGCUGAACGCGUCGAUCGCCGACAGCUACGUGAACUGCACGUGCGUGCUGCGCGGAGUGCCCGGCGAGUACAUGUACCGCUUCAAGCCGGCGUGCAACGUCACGCAGCCGGAGACGCUGUCGUUCCGCACCGGCAACAACCUGGUGUACGCGCCCUCGGCCAAAGCCACCGUGGACGUGUGCGGCGACUUGAUGACGGCCGAGCAGUGGCUGCAACUCGGCCUGGACAAGGGCACGGUGCUCAAGACACCACCCGACCUUGACACCAUUAUUGGAUGGGGAAAGAAACUGUUUGGUCUGGUCUGACAUUGAGCACAUGAUGCGACGGUGUGCUCUAUUCACUAUUCACUCAGAUUCUCUUUUUUAAACAUAUUUUGUGUAAUAAUUAAGAAGAUUGCUGCUAACAUUGGAUCUUGGCUCAGCCACCUUCUUGCGUACGUAAUUAUGGCAAAUAUUCAACAUCUCAGUUCUAACAUGGAUCUGGUGUGCUAGAAUACA